AUGUCUCGGAUUCAUGACCAACCUUGUGAAAUCCUCGAAGCCAUUGCUGGCCAUGUCGUCAACGCUGACGAUCUUCUGGCGUUCGCUCUGUCGUCCAAGAUUAUUGCGUCUGUUGUGUCUCCUCGACACACGCAGCUGCGCCACAUACGGUGCAAUGUCGAAACCAUUUGUCUCUGGAAAGCGUUGUCUCGGGACUUAUCCCUAGCCCGUAACGUUCGAAUCCUCGAGAUUGGAGAUAGACAUCCAUUCCGCCUUCCUCAGUUUAUUUUCGUGGACCAUACCGAUUGUCGGCGCAAUCACGAGGUGACACAAAGAGAGGCAGAGUUGCAACUCAUUUUGGCGAUGAAGAAUCUCUCCAAUCUGAUCUUCUUCAAAUGGCGUGGUCCCACAAAUAUUCUUAUCGCCGAGAAGAUGCCUGACGGCGAGGAUGUCUGGACCUCACUUACGCAUUGCAGAAACCUUAGGGAGCUCGACGUGCGCGAGGAUUUCAUGGAGUCCCUGCCUUAUCCCGUAUGGGGCGGCGCUAUGUUCAAAUUGUCAAACCUGACGAGCUUUAAAUAUUGGACUUCCGUCGAAAGUAUUGUGCCAGACCUUUACGGGCUUGACACUGAGACUCUUGGGAUCAUGUUGCGCGAGCACUGCCCAAAGUUGCAGAGACUACAUUUAGGCUUCUCGUUCAGAGGCGAGCAUAUCGUGCCGAACGUAGAACAAUCUAUUAUGAGUGGACGAUGGCCCGAUUUGCGCUCGUUGCACCUCAGAUGGGCCGCCUGCUCUCCCUCCGCUGCAGUCUCGUUCCUCGUCGCCCACCCGCAGAUAUUGGUCCUCUCCGUUGACUGCUUCGUCGGGUCCACGGAGACCGCCGUAGGACUACCGCUAGACUGCCCGCCGGGACUCUUACCCAGUCUCAAGACACUCGAGUGUGCAACGUCUCAAGCGGCUGAUAUCCUCUCCUUAUCUUCCCCGCCGCGCCCUCUCGAGCACCUCUCACUCACUGAUCUUCCAUUCAGUCCUCGCCAAGACGACUUCUUUGCGAUCCUGUCCACGUUGACGUCCAUCCAGAUCUUGCAGUUCUGGAACACCAUCACUCUCAAAGCUAUUUCGCGUUUGGCAGAAGCAGCACCAUGGCUCCCGCGGUUGCGCAUCCCGAAUGGUUCCUGGCUGUUGGGCUCAUGCAGAGAUCCAGAGGCGAAGAAAAGUUUGCAGAAGCUGUUUGAGCCAUUCUAUCGUCUGGAAGCGAUAGAAUGUGACAUCCCCGAGCUAAACCUGCUGGAUGCCGUCCGUGGUCCGUAG